CUACAAGUUUGAAGUACUGACCUUUGAAGUGAUAACAAUUGGUUUUUAUCUCCAAAUGAAGUCAACAGGAAGGAGAGUAAGUCAUUGUUGUUGUAAUUGUCAUAUCGUGAAGAUGAGAGCGUUCCUUUCCAUUCUGUUGAUUUUAAUUUUCGUCACAAUAUCGACAAAAUGCAAUAUACCAAGAACAGUAAAUUCUUUCGAUGUUAAAUAUGAACCCAAUUGGAACAGUCUAGACUCCAGGCCUCUUCCAAAAUGGUACGACGAAGCCAAAAUAGGUAUUUUCAUCCAUUGGGGAGUGUUUUCUGUUCCCAGCUUUGGAUCUGAGUGGUUCUGGGCAGAUUGGAAAUCCAACUCUUCGAAAUAUGUAGACUAUGUGAACAACAACCUCCCUAAAGGUUUUUCUUAUCAGGAAUUCGCAAAAGAUUUCAAAGCUGAAUUCUUCAAUCCAAAAGAAUGGGCAGAGCUAUUCAAAAAAUCUGGAGCAAAAUAUGUUGUACUCACUAGUAAACAUCAUGAAGGGUUCACUCUUUGGCCUUCCAAGUAUUCAUUCAGUUGGAAUGCUAAGGAUAUUGGACCCCAUAGAGACUUAGUUGGAGAUCUUUCAAGAGAAGUACGGGAAGCUGGUUUGACAUUUGGCCUCUAUCACUCUCUGUAUGAGUGGUUCAACCCUAUGUAUCUAUCUGAUAAGACCAGCAAAUUCACAUCAACUGAAUUCAUCGACAAAAAAAUCAUACCCGAGAUGAAGGAAAUAGUGGAAAAAUAUAAACCUGAUGUGCUUUGGUCAGAUGGAGAUUGGGAAGCAAAAGAUUCUUACUGGAAAUCUACAGAAUUCUUAGCCUGGCUUUACAAUGAGAGCCCUGUUAAAGAUACCAUUGUUGUGAACGAUAGAUGGGGCAUUGAUAUACCUUGCAAACAUGGAGAUUUUUUCACUUGUACUGACAGAUACAAUCCAGGUACCCUUCAAAAGCAUAAGUGGGAGAAUGCAAUGACUUUGGACAAGGAAUCGUGGGGCUUUAGAAGAAACGCACCUUUGAAGGACUAUCUCACCAUUCACGAGCUUUUGGAAACACUAGCACAGACCAUAAGCUGUGGAGGUAACUUAUUAGUGAAUGUAGGACCGACGAAAGAAGGUACCAUCGCUCCAAUAUUCGAGGAAAGACUGAAAGAUCUAGGAAGUUGGUUGAAAAUAAACGGAGAAGCAAUUUAUGGAAGCAAACCUUGGACAUAUCAAAAUGACACCUUAACUUCAGGUGUUUGGUUCACCCGGAAUUCAGAAGCUAUCUACGCUAUUGUUUUGAAUUGGCCGGAAGGAAAUCUACUCAGAUUGAAGGCAGUAAAAGAAGAAUUCGAUACAUCUUCUGUCACUCUAGUUAAAAUGCUUGGAAAUAAUGACAAUUUGAAGUGGUACUCGACUGUUACAAGCAUCGAUAUUUCAUUUCCAGACAAAGCAAAGGUCAAAAGUAGGCAUGCAUGGGUUUUGAAAAUAAAGAAUUCGAAAUAAUUUUUGUUUUAUUCACAAAUUUCGACCUCCUGAUGAUAGAAAUUUCGA